AUGGCCGACUCCAAACCCCCCGUCGCCUUCAUCGGCCUCGGCGCCAUGGGCUUCGGCAUGGCGACACACCUCGUCAAGCAGGGCUACGCGGUGACCGGCUUCGACGUGUGGGCGCCGACCCUCGAGCGCUUCGCGGCCGCCGGCGGACUCACAGCCACGACCCCGGCCUCGGCCGUGGCCGACAAACCGUUCUGCGUGUGCAUGGUCGCCACGGCGCAGCAGGCGCAGGCGGUACUCCUGGACGGGCCCGACGCCGCCGUGUCAGCGCUGCCCCAGGGCGCCGCACUCCUCCUCUGCUCCACCGUUCCCUGCGAGUACGUGCAGUCGCUGGGCGAGCAGCUGCGCGCCGUCGGCCGCGGCGACAUCCUGCUGGUCGACAGCCCCGUGUCGGGCGGGGCGGCGCGCGCCGCCGACGGCACGCUGUCCAUCAUGGCGGGCAUGUCCGACGCCGCGCUGGAGAAGGCCCGUCCGCUGCUGGCCGAGAUGGCCGACCCGGCAAAGUUGUACAUUGUACAGGGCGGCGUGGGCGCGGGGAGCAACAUGAAGAUGGUGCAUCAGGUGCUGGCCGCGUGCCAGAUCCUUGCCGCGAGCGAGGCGAUGGGUUUUGCGGAGCGCCUGGGGUUGGACCUGGCCAAGGCGCAGCAGGCGGUGCUGCAGUCGGGGGCGUGGAACUGGAUGUUUGAACACCGCACCCCGAGGAUGCUGACGCAAUUCCAGCCCAUUGCGAGCGCCGUGAAUAUCAUUGUCAAGGACACCAAGAUCAUCACCGCCGAGGCGCAGAGGGGUGGGUUCCGGGUGCCCAUGACCGGGAGGGCCGAGGAGGGCUACCAGCAGGCGGUUGACAAGGGAUACGGGCAGGAUGACGACAGCAGCCUGUUGCGGUUGUACACCGAGGCGGACAGAAAUGGGGCGGCGGAGAGCUCAGCCAAGACAGAGGAGGAGAAGCUGGCGUUGGUGGUUGACCUCCUCAAGGCCAUCAACCUCUGCGCCGCUGGAGAGUCUCUCGCGUUUGCUAGCUUCGUGGGCUUGGAUCUCGAGCAGGUGCUUGACCUCUGCGUUAACGCAGCGGGGUCGAGCAUUAUGUUGAAGCAGUAUGGCCCCGGGUUGAUCCAGGCGCUUCGUGCAGGCGCUGAGUCCAAGCUCUGGACAGCCACUGAGGACGAAGUGAGUCUUGACGAGGUCGCGAAGAAGCUCCAAGCGGCAGUGGACGAGGCUGGGCGGGUAAAGGUGCCAGUAUUAUUGGGGGCGAGGGCGUUGGAGGUCUUUGGCGAAGCAUCGCAAUCUGCAACAUCUAACCUUUCGAUCAAGGCGGUGGUGAAUGUUUGGGCGAGCCCAUCCUCGCAGUAUUUCUCCGGAAUCAUCAACGCGGUGCUUUCCGAAUACCCCGAAUACCCCACGGUCAAACACAACCCCCACUCCAACAACCGACCGUGCUUCCACAACUGCGACGUCAAGAUGGAAGACGCGAUGCGCCCUCAUUUCUUUACUCACGGGUUGCCCGAUUCAGACCCCGAGGAGCAAAAAAACUGCCAUUGGUGCCAAAUUCGGGGGUUUGCCACUCACAAAACCAUCCCGAUAACCAUGGUCAACGAGGAGGAUGACGAGGUCCUUAACCCUAACUUCCGGUUCCUCGACCACUCAGUCAUUGCCGAUGACGUCCCCGUGGCCGAAGACUCCUUCCGCGCAGGCUGCAACUGCGCCCGCGACGAAGAUUGCACGUACAACACAUGCCAGUGUCUGGAUGAAAUGGCCCCGGAUAGCGACGAGGAUGAAUACGAUCCAUCGACCACUCGGUCACGCAGGAAACGCUUUGCCUACCAUGCGAGUGGGCCCAAGGCAGGCUUAUUGAGGAGUAGGAUCCUCAUGAGCCGCGAGCCCAUCUACGAGUGCCACAAGGGGUGCAACUGCUCGCUGGACUGCCCCAAUAGGGUGGUAGAGCGGGGCAGAACGGUACCGCUCCAGAUUUUCCGGACCGAGGAUCGAGGUUGGGGCGUCAGGUGCCCUGUCAACAUCAGAGAAGGCCAAUUCGUCGACCGGUACCUGGGCGAGAUCAUUACCAGUGAAGAGGCCGACAGGCGGCGAGCAGAUGCGACCAUCUCCCGACGGAAGGACGUAUACCUCUUUGCGCUGGACAAAUUUUCAGACCCAGAUUCACUCGAUCCGUUGCUGGCCGCAGCGCCGCUCGAGGUGGACGGCGAGUGGAGGAGCGGGCCAACCCGUUUCAUCAAUCAUAGUUGCCAGCCCAAUAUGCGCAUCUUUGCACGGGUUGGCGACCACGCGGACAAACAUAUCCACGAUUUAGCCCUGUUUGCGAUUCGGGAUAUCCCCGAGGGAGAAGAGCUGACCUUCGACUACGUCGAUGGGUUGGAGGAAAUGGAUUCCGAUGCGCAUGAUCCGUCAAAAAUUAAGGAUAUGACGCCCUGCAAGUGCGGGACCAAGCGUUGUCGAGGGUUCUUGUGGUAA